AUGGACGACGUCUCGACCCUGGAUUAUGAACUGCUGUCUCCCGGGCAGGGGGAGUCCAGCCCCGGGACCCCGGGCAUGGACGCCGAGCAGAAAACCGUCUUUGCCUUCGUCAUCUUCCUCCUCAUCUUCCUCGUGAUGCUCAUGGUGCGAUGCUUCCGUAUCUUGCUGGACCCUUACAGCCGCAUGCCGGCCUCGUCCUGGACUGACCACAAGGAAGGGCUGGAGCGUGGCCAGUUUGACUACGCUCUGGUCUAG